AUGAACUUGAACAUAAGAAACCUGACAGAUGAAAGAGUGUUUUUUAAAGAAAGAAAAAGAAGAAGAGCGCCAAUCGUGUGCAAUACUGUGAUAGCAGACGAAGGAAAACCAACGCUCAAAAUUUUCCUUUUUCCGUGGUGGGGAAUCCAAUGGACAAGUGUCCUUUGCCAUUAAAGAACAUAGAAAGUAAAACCCAUGAGAAUAAGAAGAGGGUUUUAUCUGGGAAGGAAGCAUUGGUGAAGCUUUUAAGAUGGCAUUUUGGUUACCCUGAUUUUAGGGGCAAGCAAUUGGAGGCUAUUCAAGCUGUACUUUCAGGAAGAGAUUGUUUUUGUCUUAUGCCAACAGGAGGAGGGAAGUCAUUAUGUUAUCAGAUCCCUGCAUUGGCUAAAACAGGAAUAGUUCUAGUUGUUUGUCCAUUAAUAGCUUUGAUGGAAAACCAAGUGAUGUCAUUAAAGGAGAAAGGAAUUGCUGCGGAAUUUCUCUCCUCAACCCAAACAGCUGAUGUAAAAAAUAAGAUUUAUGAGGACCUUGAUUCUGCAAAGCCUUCUAUAAGGCUGCUGUAUGUCACCCCGGAAUUGAUAGCAACACAGGGUUUUAUGUCAAAGCUGAAAAAAAUAUAUGCUAAAGGGUUGUUGAAUCUCAUUGCCAUAGAUGAGGCACAUUGCAUCUCAACUUGGGGCCACGAUUUCAGACCUAGCUACCGUAAGCUUUCAUCGUUGAGAGACCACCUUGUGGAUGUACCAAUGUUAGCUCUGACUGCUACGGCUGCUCCUAAGGUGCAGAGGGAUGUGGUAAAAUCAUUGAACAUGCAAAAUCCAUUAAUACUAAAGUCAUCUUUUAAUCGUCCUAAUAUAUACUAUGAAGUACGAUACAAAGAUCUGUUGGAAGAUGCUUAUACUGAUAUGUCCAAUAUGCUAAAAUCUAAAGGAGAUGUCUGUGCAAUUGUUUACUGCCUUGAGCGUUCAACAUGCAAUGACCUGGCAGCUCAUCUAUCCCAAAAUGGCAUUUCCUGUGCUGCCUAUCAUGCAGGGUUGAAUAAUAAGUUGCGGACGUCUGUGUUGGAUAAUUGGAUUUCAUCCAAGAUACAAGUUGUUGUUGCCACUGUUGCUUUUGGGUUAGGCAUUGAUAGAAAGGAUGUCAGAAUUGUAUGCCACUUUAAUAUUCCAAAGUCAAUGGAAGCAUUCUAUCAGGAGUCAGGCAGAGCAGGUCGUGAUCAGUUGCCCUCUACGAGUUUGAUGUACUAUGGAGUAGAUGAUCGCAAACGAAUGGAAUUUAUACUGAGCAAAUCUGGAAGCAACAAGUCACAGUCAUCAAGCUCUCAAGAAGAAUCAUCCAAAAGGUCCCUAGCUGACUUUAGUCAGAUGGUUGAAUACUGUGAAGGAUCUGGAUGCCGAAGGAAAAAGAUUCUUGAGAGUUUUGGGGAGCAGGUGACGGCAUCACUAUGUGGAAAAUCAUGUGAUGCUUGCAGACAUCCGAACUUAAUUGCUAGAUGUUUGGAGGACUUAACAACUGCCCGAUCAUUACACCAGAAGCAUAGUUCCUCUCGAGUCUUCAUCACCAGUUCGACGAGUGGGGUUGAUGAAGAACAAGUAUCUGAAUUCUGGAAUCGUGAUGAAGAAGCAAGUAGAUCAGAUGAGGAUAUAUCUGAUUCAGAUGAUGGUGCUGAGAUUGUCAACAACCUAACCAAAUCAAAGUGUAAAUCAAGAUUGGGAGUGAAUGAAAAAAUUGCAUUGUUGCAACGUGCUGAAGAAAAUUUCUAUGGAAAUGAAAAUGCUGAGAAACAGAGAAACAAAGUUGACAAGAAUGCUAUAUCUGACACAAUGAGAGGAGCAAGCAGGGAAAAACUGCAAAAUUCUCUAAAGCAGGCCCAGCAACGGCUUCACAACUUGAAGAUUGAGGUGGAAACCUCAGCAUCUUUGCUUGAGGAUGAAUGCUAUAAGAAAUAUGGGAAGGUUGGCAAAUCAUUCUAUUAUUCACAGGUGGCAAGUACUGUUAGGUGGCUGUCAACUACAAAUUCAACUGAUCUGGUAAGUCGCCUUAGAGGAGUCGAUGCUUCCUCAUCAAUGAUCGUGUCGUCCGAGGAGGAACAUCCUGUUAAGACACCACCUUUGUCAGACCCUUCUGUGAAAGAAGGGACUGACAAUGAACCUGAUGCCAUUCCUGAGUCAGAAACCUCCCCAUGCGCUUUACCAAUUGAAAGUUCAUCCUUGAAGACAAACUUGCCUCCAAUUCCAUCCUUUUCCGAGUUUGUUAACAGUGAGAAGGUAAAAGGUAGCCCAACAAGAACCACACAACAGCUCUCUCCAAGAGUAGAGAAGAGGAUGAGACUAUCGUAAGUAUUUGCGUUUGAAAGCACCGGUUGUUUGCUGCAAUAUUUCUGUCUAGCACCAACUUUGAUCUUUGUUGAUAGAAGCCUCUAUAGUUUUCUUAAAUCACUGCUUGUCUUUGUUUAGUAUUAGUUCAAAUGAUCCAAAAUUCAAUGAUCAUCAGUUAUGUUUAUGGAUUCCAGUUGAGGCAUGAGCCGGUGUUGAUGGGUUUCAUUGAACUGUGCUAGCUUCAUUGUAAGCUAAAGAAAGGGCUUUGGGAUAGUUAAUGAACUGAUGAAAGUAUGAGCUUUUUGUUCUCUAGUUUGAUUGUUGAACCAGUGAUCAUAAAACAAAUAUUUUUAAAUUUAUAUGUUGAAAAUAUAAUAUAAUCAAGGGACAGUAUAGCUUGUA